AUGUCCAAAGAGCAGUACAUGUGUAAUUCUCAACCCUUACCUUCCUAUGCCAAAGUUGUAGGCCACAUACCAGUCAUUGCCCAACCAGUGAUCACAUUCCGAAAUGAAAUUCUCACUUCCAUUGCUCUCACAAAAACAGUGACUCAUGUGGUCAUGCUAGUCGGAACAUCUACUGGACAUUUAAAACAGCUUGUUCUAAAGAAUAUGACCCAUGCCAAACAGUAUGCCAAAAACAUUGUGUUAGAUCCAAACCAACCAAUUCUAGCUGACAUGCAAUUUGAUGCCAACUAUGAGCACAUUUAUGUCAUGAAUCCACAUGCAGUGUUCAAAGUAAAAAUUCAAGAUUGUGAAUCUCGAGCAAGCUGCAAAGAAUGUUUGGCAGAUGAAAAUCCAUUUUGCGGAUGGUGCUUUCUGGAGGACAGGUGUACCUCCAAAUCCAACUGUGGUACAAGUUUGGAUCAGCACCAAAAAGACCGAUGGCUCUCAGGAGAAGCUAAGAACUGCAUUUCUAUUUUUGACAUCCAACCUGAAAAAGUAUCAGUUUCUACAGUCAGCGAUCUUAUUCUAAAUAUGAGUAGUCAACUACCACGGGAAAGUACCUACACUUGUGUAUUCAAAGAACUGAACAGAACCUCACCUGCCACCGUACACAGAAAGACUGUGACAUGCAAAACUCCGGAUUUUUCCAAACUGAGGGACUAUAACAGAGAAAAUUCACCGUCAAUUGUGGUCACCCUUGCCUUGAAUUCAAGCGAAACUGCCAAGAUAUUUGUUCGAAAGAAUUAUACCUUUUACGACUGCAGCGCUUUCAAAUGGUGUACGAAAUGUACCAGCAGUGUAUUCAACUGUAAGUGGUGUGUUAAUGACAACAAAUGUGUUUACGAAGACAAGACAUGCACUGGUAACAAGUCAAUUUAUGCUAAACAUAGUGACCAAUCUCCAAAGACAGCACAAAAAUGUCCAAGAGUCCAACAGUCUGCAAAGCUGCUAAUGCAUGAGGGAAUUCACAAGGAUUUCAGUUUCAGGGGAUUUUUUCUUCCGCAAGAAACAGAAUUCCGCAAGUACCAAUGUCAUUUUGAAUAUGGUUCCAAUCAAAUUGAACUCAGGGCAAAUGUAAUCAACAAAAGGAAUAUUACCUGCACUGUGCCUGAGCGCCAGAUAAACUUUAAUGAUAAAAAGCCCAUCUUCAAUGUAUCUGUGUCUGUGAAGUGGGGAGACAUCAUAAUUGAAAAUGAAAAUGGCUUAUCAGCUCUUCAAGUGGAGUUUUACCGUUGCGAUCGAGUUGGUCCGGAUUGUGGAGAAUGCAUGAGCACUCGUUGGCGGUAUCCAGACAUGAACUGUGUUUGGUGUGAUUCUGGCUGCAAAUUCUUGCCACGAUGUAAAGAAAAAGUUCACCGAGUGCACUGCCCAGACCCGAACAUAACUUGCGUUUAUCCACUGUCCAGUCCAGUGAGAGGAGGAACCAAAAUCACAAUUGAAGGGCACAAUUUGGGUACACGAUUUGAUGAAGUCAAGAAAAUUACACUUGGCAACAACAGUUGUGAACCAAUAAAAGAAGCUUAUGAAGUGUCAAAAAGAAUUGUAUGCAGAGCUGGGCACAAUAGCAACCUCACAGCAAGUCGUGGUGCUGUUAGAGUCAGAAUUAACAACUCCAGGGCCACAUACAACAAAUAUUUCUUUUACAAGGAUCCCAAAGUGGAACGUAUUGAACCAGCAUAUGGCCCUAUGUCUGGUGGAUCUUUGAUUACAAUAAUUGGACAAGAUCUGAACACUGGAGUCAAUAUUGUUGCCAAAAUAGGCAACUUUGAAUGUCAUAUCAAGAGCCGCAACAUUCACGUCACCAGCUGUGAAGAUAAAACUGCCAAUGUUACUAGUUGCGAAGCAACAAGGUGCAUUUGCAAAACUUCCAAGAAUAUUUACAAUGCCACCAAGCCUCUGGACUUUACAAUGACAUUUGAUCAUCAUGAGUGUGAACAUCACCAUGUUUUCCAAUACCUUGAAGAUCCUAUCAUUACAAAUAUACAACCAUUAAAAAGUAUAUCAAGUGGUGGAAUGAACCUGACAAUAACUGGGAAAAACUUACAUGCUGUGAAGUAUCCCAAGAUCUACAUUGCAAGUGGUAACACUAUCCCAAACAAAACAAAUUAUGAGAACUGCACAGUUAUGAAUAGGACAACAAUGUACUGUCCAAGUCCUCCUUGUCCAAUCAGCCUUAAUCAUCAUAUUACUCGAAGAGCUGCAGUGAAGUCACAUGUUGAACAACUGGCAUUUCUAAUGGAUGAUGUGAAGUCUGUUCAGCAUUUGAAUGAAUCGCAUAGAAAUUUGGAUUCAAUGCUUCACUAUUACACUGACCCUGUCAUUUACAAUUUUAAUGGCAUGGAUAAAAUUAAAAGGCUUAAAGCAGAAGUUCUCAUUAUUGAUGGAAAGAAUUUGAAUCUAGCGGCACGGGAAUCUGAUGUUAUAGUUCGCAUUGGCAAUGAAAGAUGCAAUAUAACAACAUUGUCUAUUCAUCAGCUGGUGUGCCGUCCACCCAAACAUCAGCCUGAUGGAGAAGGGAAAGAUAAUUCCUUGCCUGCCGUUAUAGUGGAAAUAGGUUAUAAAAAAUUUGACAUUGGUUACUUGGAAUACGAUACUGGAAUGUCUCUUCCCAAGAAUAUUAUUAUUGGCAUUGCAGCCGCAGGCUUCAUUGUCGUCAUUCUCAUCUCUUUGACAAUGAUUAUCUAUUGGCGGAAAAGCACACAGGCCGAGAGGAGAUACAAGAAGAUGCAGAUUCAGCUUGAUAACUUGGAAAGCAAUGUUAGAAAUGAAUGCAAACAAGCAUUUGCUGAACUGCAAACAGAUGUUACUGACCUGACGAGUGACCUUCUCCCAAGUGGGUUCCCAGUUUGGGAUUAUUCCCAUUACACUUUCAAAGUUCUUUUCCCUGGAGUCACAGAUCAUGCAAUUCUUCACCCUCACACUGAGAGGAUGGUCGGGAGAUCCCCUGGAAUGGUUUUUAUGGAAACUGGACUCCAGCAAUUCAAUCAUCUCCUAAACAAUAAAUACUUUUUACUAACUUUUAUCCGCACACUGGAAUGUCAGAAAGGAUUUAGUAUCAGAGAUAAAGUAAAUGUUGCAUCAUUGCUGCUAAUAAUUUAUCAAAAUAAUAUGGAGUAUGCCACAGAAAUUUUGAAAUCUCUACUUGAUGAACUUGUAGAGAAAUCAGUCGCUAGCCGUCAUCCAAAAUUGAUGCUGAGAAGGACAGAAUCAGUGGUAGAAAAACUUCUAACAAACUGGCUGUCAAUAUGUUUAUAUAAGUACCUUAAGGAGCAUGCAGGUCCAGCUCUCUUCAAACUAUACAAAGCUAUUAAGUUACAAGUAGAAAAAGGUCCGGUAGACUUUGUUACCGGAGAUGCCCGAUAUUCACUGUCUGAGGAUAGAUUACUUCGUGAGAAGAUUGAACCCAAACCCUUGGUUCUGUCUGUUGAACAUUCUGGAGAGGUCGUCCAAUGCAAAGUACUUGACUGCGAUACAAUCACACAAGCAAAAGAGAAAAUGGUGGAAACAUUAUAUAAAAAUACUCCUUACUCACAGAGACCACCAGUUCAAGAUUUGGAUUUAGAAUGGUACCAAGACAUCAAUUCACACGUUACAUUGCAAGAUGAAGAUAACACAACAAUUUAUAAAGAUGGUUGGCGAAAGCUCAAUACUCUGUCCCACUAUAAACUCUCUGAUGCAGACAAUGUUGCUCUGGUGAGAAGGCAGCAAUCUAUAAAAACUAUGAAUGGUAAUUUGGACAAUUCCAUUUCAUCAGACAGCUCAUCCGUUCCGAUAAUGAGAAUAGAUAGUGACUCGGGUACUAAGAGCUGGCAUCUAGUCAAAUUAAGCGAUGACGUUCAGGUUAAAGAUGAUGGUAUGAAAAUGAUCUCAGAAAUAUUUUUGACACGCUUACUGUCAACAAAAGGAACCCUGCAGAAAUUUGUGGAUGACUUAUUUAAAACAAUCCUAACUGUGGACAAUGCACUGCCCCCAGUGGUCAAGUACCUGUUCGACUACCUCGAUGAGGCAGCAUUGAGAUAUAAUAUUACUGAUGCAGAAGUUGUACAUACAUGGAAGAGCAAUAGUUUACCUCUUCGGUUUUGGGUAAAUAUAAUCAAGAAUCCUGACUUUGUAUAUGAUAUCAACAAGCCUCAUAUUGUGGAUUCAUGCCUGUCUGUGAUAGCACAAACCUUUAUGGACAGCUGUUCAACAACGGAGCAUCGACUAGGAAAGGAUUCACCUUCAAAUAAAUUAUUAUAUGCCAAGGAUAUUCCAAACUACAAGAAACUAGUUGAACGAUACUACAAUGACAUUUUGGAGAUGCCGCCAGUCAGUGAUCAGGAUAUGAAUUCCUACCUGACAGAAGUGUCACAGAUGCCUACAGGAAUGUUUUAUGUCCCAAGCGCUCUGGCAGAACUCUAUAACUAUAUUUCUAAGUACAACAGAGAGAUUCUUUAUGCUUUGGACCAUGAGGUGUUAACAAACAAACAAAACUUGUCCACCAAACUGGAACAGGUUAUUUGCAUGAUUGAGGGCCAACCAAAAAUGGCCUAUCUGUGA